AUGACUACACCCACUUCAGAUGACGAAUCCUUUCCUCUUAAGCCGGGCGUCGAAAGUUGGAAAAGCGAGAGCGCUUCCGAUAUCGACAGCAAUGACCAGCAAAACCGCCCAUCGAUGACAGAGACGGUACUGGGGCACGACACCGAGGCAACUAUCAUACAAGAAGAAGCCCCUAUAUAUUUACAGACACAGCGCGUAUUUUCAAGCCUAGAGAUGCUGUCGAACGAGCCUAGUUUAUCUAAUCCCACCCUCUCACAUGAGGUCUCGACGUUCCAAUCACGAUUUGGCGUCUGGUGCCGUAAAUUGGGCCCACACCUUCGAGAUGUUUACUCCUUGGAUGAGCGUUUGCGCGAUUCUUCAGCAAUGAAACAGCAUGUACUGGAUUGUUUGGGUGAUAUAAAUGACGCUCUGGAGGAAGCGCAAAAGAUCUCUGCAAAACAAACACCUAUCUCGUCCACUUCUUCUGGCAACAAGGAGACUGGCAUAUCGAUUCUCAUGGCAAAGAGUACGAUAUCCGACCCUCUUAGCUUUGCUAAUACCAUACUCGACAUACUGUUUCGGGUAAUUCCUAUUAUUCGCCCUGCUCUUUCAGCCGACCGCUACGAGAGGGCUGUAUCGACCGUGCUCCCAUAUGAAGAAGAGUUCAUGCAGACAUGCAGUGCCAAGUUGAUAAGCUUGUUCCCUGGGCUGUCACCAGAGCUUCGAGGGCGUCUGGUCUCAGCAAGUGCACAACGCCUCCGGUUCUUUCAGUAUGCAGCGAAUUACAGCCUGAAAUUUCAGUCUGAUGCCAGAUGGGAACCGAACUUCGAACGUCGAACGUCAGAACCACUUUUAUCCAUGCCUGCUUUCAUCAAAAUCAAUUUAGGAGACACCGAUUCGACGGCGAGCAGAGCAGAUGAAAAUUUAGAUCCUUUUAGCCAGGAAAGUACAGGUGAUACUCUCGACACACGAUCCAUGAAGUCGGCAACAAUGUCUAAUCGAGACAUGAAAUAUAAAUUUCCACCAUUCCCCGAGGAAUCUGAAGGCGUCUUACGGGAGUGCGUUGCUUGCCGUCUUACGCUGCCUCUCCCAUCCAAAGAUACCUGGAAAGCACAUAUCCUGAGAGAUAUCCGACCGUACAUCUGUACGUUCCCAGACUGUACUGCUGAUCCGAAUAAGCUGUAUUCUAGCCGUCGUGCAUGGUUCGAGCAUGAAUUGGCAUUUCACAGGCGGCAGUGGCCUUGUCCAUUUGGAUGUACUACCAGCAUGCCGGAUCUCGCAUCUCUCAACAUACAUAUCGCCUCCAAGCACCCAGGUCGCGCACAUGAUUUCUCGUCCCACCCUUUACCACGAGGACAGGAGAUCUCACCUGCCGCAGAGGCCGUGUGUCCAUUCUGCGCGCUGCAUAUCAAACCUCGUGGGCGAAUUGAGUCUCACAUAGCAUUGCACCAGGUUCAAGUAGGCUUGAUGGUUCUUCAAUCAUCCAUAAUUGAAGAUUCAGACGACGAAGACCUGGCGGAGAAUGAGGAAGAAGAUUUAGAGGAAAUUUCAGAAUAUCACAUGGCGGAUCUAGAUCGGUCAUUAGCCUUACUGCCUCGAAAGAAAUUGAAUAGAACAAACGAGCCGGUUAAAGAAGAUCCCUCUCAGUAUAGACGCCAUGAUAAGUCGGCAAUCGAUAAUGCGGUUGACUUGCCUGCAACAGAUAAGAUCAAAGCCGGAAAAAUGGACGACAUACCUCAUACCAACUGGGUUCUGGAAGAUCUACGUUACACUAUCACUUAUCCACAGUUGGACACUGGGUCUUCAAAAGCUUUGCCCGCCACGUUGGUACAGCAGGAAACUAAACAAACUCGAGACCGGCGAAUCACUGCACUUGGCCUGUCUUCUCCAUUUGGUAAAUCCAGAUCUGGACGUCACACCUGGUUUUUGAUGCCAAAUUUUGAUUUCAUUUAUCAAGAAUAUAGCACUAUCUGUCUAGGCCAAGUCUUAACCGAUCCACUGAGACCCAGUGAUGGCAUUCUAACUCGAGAGGUUCUUCACACCCCUAGGCCACAGAAAAAGCAUCACUAUUACAUGUCCCCUAUCACAGUGCAUGUCACAGUGCAGAGAGAGGUGGAAUAUGUUAUUAAUGAUUUGCAUGUUAAAGCAAUGCGAGUGGAAACCCACCGAUUUCUUGCAGUAAACGAGUAUAUAUCGGAGGUAAUAGAGCGGCCGGAGAUUGCAAAAAUUUUGAAAUCAAGGCAGAAGAUAUUUAUCAUUACAGGGUUAAAGGUAACGAUUGGUUCUCAAGUGGAAGUCGGAGGUAGAAACUCUAACAUAGGAGCGACUGUGCAUGCGGGUGUUGUUGUUGGUGCUGGUAUCGAGGCUGGUAUCAAGCUUGAGAAUUCCACCGCGAAGUCAGUAUCAUAUAUACAGAACCCAGUAUUGUUUGCAUAUUCGCUUACGCAGGUCCAACGUUCGUCUCUUGGGUCGUUUGCAGUAGAACAGUACAAAAAGGGUGCGUUUUAG